UCUGUAAAACAGAAUCCAGAAAUAAUUAGUGGGAAAUUCAGCUUGAGUAGUUUUCCUUGGUCAGAUAGGUCUCUAGAGAGAGGUGUGGUAAGCAAAGGGAAAGGGUCUUAUUUACAUCCUAAAUAUAAACAGCUCUUUAUUCACUGAGGCCAUUCUUUGCACUGUAGUAAUGCUGGUGCAGAAAACUCUCUUGUCUGAAAUCUAUUCCAUAUCUGAUAUCUGAUGCCAACCCCUAUAGUGAUAAAGGCCACAGACACAAAUCCAGAGGCACCAAAUCUAAACAGUCUCCUGAGAGGUCUCUCUGGUUGGUUUCUUUCCCCUGUUGCCAUUCAUCAGAGGACGAGUUUACCAACAGCCAUCAGCCAAGCACAUCCAAACUGGAUCCAGGCCAAGAGCAAGCAGCAUUGUUGAAAUCUGGACAGCAAGGUGGAAGGGUGGCCAGGGCAUCAGCUGGAUGAAAACAUGCGGGGACUGCUGGGCAGCAGCUGGAAGAAGUUUGGACAUGCUGGCCGGGGGACAUAUGAGUGGUUAACCAGCGAGCCCAGCCUGCCUCUCCUGGAGACCCAGCUGCAGGACACCCAGGGGGUGAGCUCCACCCAGGAGGAUGUGGAGCCCUUCCUGUGCAUCCUUCUGCCGGCCACCAUCCUGCUCUUCCUGGCAUUUCUGCUGUUGUUCCUGUACCGCCGCUGCAAGUCCCCGCCGCCCCAGGGGCAGGUGUUCAGCAUUGACCUACCAGAUCACCCACCUGCAGGAGAGGUGACAGACCUCCUGCCCGGCCUGGCCUGGAGCAGUGAGGACUUCCCCUACUCCCCACUGCCCCCGGAGGCCACUUUCCCCUCCCAGUGUUUACCGCCCUCCUACGAAGAGGCCACCAGAAAUCCUCCUGGGGAGGAGGCCCAGGGAUGCAGUCCUUCAGUAUGAAAAGGGCUCACCUGGACUGGAAGAGCAAAAAUAAACUGCUCUUGGGAAUCAUACAAAACACAGCUCUCCACCUUUAAUACAGCACCCAUGAGAAGAGGGAGAAGGGCCCCUAGAUCCAAGAAGCUGCUAUUCAUUGGCCAACCUCUGACAAUGGGGCACUUCAGGCUGAGGGCAAAGCUUGGCAAAUGCCAAUCUGGUUAACCUAUCUUCACAUUCCUUAGGGGAAAGUUUCCCAGGUUCUUCUAAAGAUGACUGCACUCUCCUAAAAUGUAUAACACUCCUGAGAAAAAAAGGAAAGUUCUAUGUGAGUUGAAAAAAAAAACAAACAAUUACUAAUGAGCACAGGAACAGGCUCUGAAGGGCAAGAAAAAAAACUCUGGACCAGCCAAAGGUAACUACUUUUGCCACCAAAUAGAACUUUUCUUCCCACACCAGUUUUUCAGGGUUUCAUGGUUUGUUUCACUUCUGUAUGAAUGCUCCAAGAUACAGAGAGUUCUAGAAGGAGUAAAAGACAUCUCUAGAACUGCAGGGGAUAGUUGUGUUGUAAAUAACGGUGAAAUAUAUUACAAUAUUAGCAAUGAAAGUGUAGAUAUUCGCAAACAUUUUAGUUAAAAAAUAAUAAUAAAGCUGUCCAAAGUUA